UGUCCCCAAUUUUAUCUCUUGUGUGUUGUCUUGAAAGAACUGUCCGUCUGCCUCUUGCUCCUCUUUAUUGGGAGAACUGCACCGUUACUUUUUUUUUUAAGCCGAGGAGCGGAAGACGGCAACUCCAAACUAACAUGGCAGUCAGACUCUGUGAUGUGGCUUCUCUGCUUAGAAGUGGUUCGUGGGCAGCAGAGCCUUGGACUGGGCAGGUAAUUGGUGCCAUGGAAACACAACUGUCUAAUGGACCAACCUGCAAUAGCACAGCCCACAGUUCAAACACUAUAAACAAUUGCUCAUCACCAGUUGAUUCUGGAAACACAGAAGACAGCAAGACCAAUUUAAUAGUCAACUACCUUCCACAGAACAUGACACAAGAAGAACUGAAGAGCUUGUUUGGCAGCAUUGGUGAGAUAGAAUCCUGCAAGCUUGUCAGGGACAAAAUAACAGGACAGAGCUUGGGUUAUGGCUUUGUGAACUACGUUGACCCCAAGGAUGCUGAAAAAGCUAUCAACACUUUGAAUGGACUGAGACUUCAGACUAAAACCAUAAAAGUUUCCUAUGCACGACCAAGUUCGGCUUCUAUCAGAGAUGCAAAUUUGUAUGUUAGUGGACUUCCAAAAUCCAUGACCCAGAAAGACCUGGAACAGCUCUUUUCCCAGUAUGGACGCAUUAUCACUUCUCGUAUUCUGGUUGACCAAGUCACUGGAGUAUCAAGAGGCGUGGGGUUUAUCCGGUUUGACAAACGAAUUGAAGCGGAAGAAGCUAUCAAGGGCUUGAAUGGCCAGAAACCUCCAGGUGCCACAGAGCCCAUCACUGUAAAGUUUGCUAAUAAUCCAAGCCAAAAAACGAACCAGGCCAUCCUUUCCCAGCUGUACCAUUCUCCAAACAGAAGGUAUCCAACACCUUUAGCCCAGCAGGCUCAACGUUUUAGGUUGGACAAUCUGCUCAACAUGGCUUAUGGAGUAAAGAGUAGGUUUCCUCCAAUGACCAUUGAUGGAAUGACCAGCUUGGCCGGAAUUAAUAUCCCUGGACAUGCAGGAACUGGCUGGUGCAUUUUUGUGUACAACUUGGCCCCUGACGCUGAUGAAAGUAUCCUCUGGCAAAUGUUUGGACCGUUUGGAGCAGUAACCAAUGUGAAGGUCAUCCGUGAUUUCAACACCAACAAGUGCAAAGGUUUUGGAUUUGUGACUAUGACAAACUAUGAUGAGGCAGCUAUGGCAAUAGCCAGCCUGAAUGGAUACCGCCUUGGGGACAGAGUAUUGCAGGUCUCUUUCAAAACAAACAAAACGCACAAAGCCUAACAAGUUCUUCUCAGUGCAUUAAUACGUGAAAACUAUACAACAAAGGCAAUUUAUGAGAAGCUUUAUGCAUUAGUAAAUGCCUUUGUUGUGUGUCAGCGUGGAAAUGGGGAUAAAAUGACUACUUAGCAUCCUAAGAAUAUGUGAGAUUUUGUAUUGCUAAUAUUUGAAUUAAAACUUCUUAAAUAUCUUUUGUGUUUGAAUAUUGACAAGAGGUACAGGGUUUUUACCUGUCACGAUGCAUAUUCUAUUGCCUUCUUUGAAGAAGGUGGACCUUUUAAAACGUUUCAGCUAAAGGAAGAAGUUUUUUCUUUGUACAUGGCUGCCUUGAAGCUAUGAGGAAAUGUUGAGGCUUUGUGGUUUAAGUUGGUUUUCAGU